AUGAGUGACGUCAACAUACCACCACGUGAAGAAGAAGAAGAAGAGGAAGAGGAAUGUGCGAAAACGAAAGAAAACGAUGCUGGUGAACAGGAAAAUAAUCAAGACACAUCAGCUGCGACUGACGGUGAAGAGGUGGACCAUGUAUGUGUUUGUGCCACGGAAGAUGAAGAUUGUACACCGCUUGAGCUACCUCUAGCAUCUGAUGGUACUUUGCCAUGUUUCACGUUGUCGCAUUCUUUUCCGAAGGCAGUUGGAUUGAAGUAUAAAAAUCCUGCAACUGGCUUAUUCCGUAGCCUUCCAGUGGAUGAGGGAAAAAAAUGUGUACUGGCGCCGAAAGGAGGUUGGCACGGUCAUCGCUAUGUAGCGAUCAUCGAUGAUUCGUUAUCGUCGAGUGACAGACUGGAAGGACAGUGCGGACAGACUGAUCGAUUAAACAUGCCCGUUGAUCUAUUCGUCCGCAAUCUAUCAUUCAAAACUACUGAGGAACAGCUCAAAAAGUUUUUCGAGCAGUACGGUGAAGUCCAAUAUGCUGAGGUGAAGAAGGAUUACAGAACUGGUCUUCCUAGAGGCUAUGGUUUUAUUAAAAUGAAAACUUUGGAGGAUCAAGAAAAAGUGCUGAAGGAAGGCGAUUUCUACAUUGACGGUCGCAUGGCUCAAGUCAAAUACCCAGAUCAUGGACAGGAUGGUGGAGACCAAGAUGAUCGAAUCACAACGAAAAUCUAUGUCGGCCGAGUAUAUGCAGAAAUUACAGAAACAGACCUUCACAAAUUAUUUGAUGAAGAAGCGAAGAAAAUAUCACCGCUUGCCAAGGUUGAGCGAGUAUUUUUACCUAAGCCUUGCCGUGGUUUCGCGUACGUCUCGCUGAAUGAUCCGAAAGUGGUUAAACGUCUUUGCCAAAUCCGUGAUUUUGUUUGUGCUGGUAAGAGUAUUUAUGUUAGUAUACCUCGUCCAAAGAAACAGGAAUCGGAACCUGUUCGUUACUCUGGAGUGCGGGAUUACCGUUCGCAUCCAUAUCGAUCAUCCUACGGUCGAUGGGAUGACGAGCCAAUAAGUCGGAAAAGUUAUUAUAAUGAUGAUCCAUAUGCUGGACGAACACGGAGCUUGUUUGACGAUUUCCCAUCCUCUGGUGGGUAUGGCGGUCGUUCCGGAGACAUGUAUGGUGGAGGUGGUGGGUAUACGGGAGGAGGUAAUUACGGAUCGGGUAAUUCAUCCAGAAGCUGGCGAUAA